AUAAGUUAGUUUUAAAAUGACGUCGAUCAAAGAAGACGAGAAGAAAGAAAUCCCUGAAAUCAUACGUGAUCCUCAAACAAACAGCACCUACCAGAGGUUAAGGUUUUUUGGGAAGGGUGGUUUCGCAAAAUGCUACGAAAUUCAGGACAUAGCCUCAAAUCAAGUGUAUGCAGGAAAAAUAGUAUCCAAGAAGCUAAUGGUGAAGUCCAGCCAGAAGGAGAAAAUGGCACAGGAGAUCUCAAUCCACCGCUCUCUGCAACACAAACAUGUGGUUGGCUUCCACAGCUUCUUCGAGGAUUCACUUAAUAUCUACAUUAUACUUGAACUCUGCAAACGUCGGUCUAUGAUGGAGUUACACAAGCGCAGAAAAGCUAUCACAGAGCCAGAGACUCGGUUCUACAUGCACCAGAUACUGCUGGGUGUGCAAUACCUGCACAGCAAGCGAAUCAUCCACCGUGACCUGAAGCUAGGCAACCUUUUCCUUGAUGAUGAUCUACAUGUCAAGAUCGGAGACUUUGGCCUUGCAGCCAGAAUUGAAUACGAAGGAGAGAGAAAGCAGACUCUAUGCGGCACACCAAACUACAUCGCGCCGGAGAUCCUGACAAAGAAAGGGCACUCGUUCGAAGUGGACAUCUGGAGUCUAGGUUGCAUCAUGUACACACUACUUGUGGGCAAGCCGCCCUUCGAGACCUCCACUCUCAAAGACACCUACAAGAGAAUCAAGCAAUGUGAAUACAGGAUUCCAUCGUCGCUGCGAAAACCUGCGGCGUCGAUGAUCGUACUGCAGCUGCAGUCGAAUCCAGCGCGGCGGCCUUCGGUUGACAAGCUACUGCAGCACGAGUUCUUCUCUGCGGGGAUCAUGCCGGCCGCACUCCCGCUCUCCUGUCUUACCACGGCCCCGCGUACUGACCAGCUCGAAGGCAUUGCACUGCACCGCCGCCCUCUCAAUGAGGUUAACAGUAACGAUCAUACGGCGAUGGCAGUGGACUCGCCGAUGAAGCGCGAGCCGAUGCCAGCAGAACCGCGCUCCGUAGAGCCUAAUUCGCACCGGCAAAACCUCAUCGCGCUUCGCAACCACCUCGCGAGCUUGUUAUCUAAUAAGCUUAUGUGUCGUCCGGAGUGCCUAACAGAUGAGCUCAGUGAUCCCGCCGCACAGCCUCUGGUCUGGGUCGGCAAAUGGGUGGAUUACAGCGACAAAUACGGCUUUGGCUAUCAACUCUGCGACGAGAGUGUCGGAGUCAUGUUCAACGACACCACUAAACUUAUCAUGCUUGCUAAUGGAGUGAAUGUACACUACAUCAAUAGACAAGGCCAGGAGCAGUACAUGACCAUGCGCGAGUAUCCCUCGGAACUCGAGAAGAAGAUGAAACUUCUCACCUACUUCCGCAGAUAUAUGACAGAACACCUUAUGAAAGCUGGUGCAUCAGUACCCGUUAGGGAGAGCGAUGGCUUGUCACGAUUGCCACAUUUGCACCAAUGGUUUAGGACCACAUUAGCAGUCAUUAUGUACCUGACAAAUGGAACUUUGCAGAUAAACUUUCAAGACCAUACAAAAAUAAUACUCUGUCCACUGAUGCAAGCCGUCACGUACAUCGACGUGGAAAAGAAUUUUCGAACAUUCCGCUUCGCCACGAUUGAGGAACACGGAUGCGACAAGAAGCUUUAUACGAACCUCGCUUAUGCUUUAGAGAAACUAAACAGUGUAUUAUCCAAUAAAUUGUGCUAGCGAACACAUAUCUCGUCACUUUAUAUUUUGAAUAAAUGAAUUUCAAUAGUGCCCUGCAAAGGACUGCUUACUCAUACUGGUUGAGGUUUCAAGUGUUUAUAGGGUUAGUAUUUCAAAUAUAUUUUCCACAACUUUUGUUUAAUCUCUUAGUUUAUUAGCUGUGUUUAUAAUUUUGUACAACAAUUGUCGCUAAAAUCAAUUUUGGUAUAUUGUUGGUAUACAAGUCCAUACUUGGAUUAUUAUCUUCCAUCAUAGUUGUGUCUGUUAAAUA